UUCAUAGGAAUUUUCGGUGUGACCAAUCGCCUAUCUGCAUAAUGACGUGCACUAAGGUACUCGCUGUUCUCGCACUGAUGUGUGUCGUCACGAGGGCACUUCCAGUUCCGGACGACACAGGAGACAGCAUUAAAGCGAAAGAAAUGAAAUACCGUUUGCCAAACACCACGGCUCCUAUACACUACGACCUGAAAUUUGACCCAAACCUCGUGGACACCUUUACGUUCGACGGCGAAGCUGUCAUAAAAUUCAAAGUCCUCGAGCCAACGUCGGACGUCAAACUUCAUUCGCAGCGUUUAAAUUUGAACGAGAGUUCUAUAGAAUUGACACCGGAAAAUGGGAACACGAUUAAGCCGCAAUGGUGCGAUGAGAAUAACGAAACGGAUAUCGUGACGAUUCAUUUCGAUAAGCCUCUGGAAGUCGGGGUGUACACGUUGAGCAUAAAAUUUUGCGGGAAUUUGAGCACGCAGAUGUUCGGAUUCUUCAAGGAUAAGUACAAAAAUGAACAGGGAGAAGAAGUAUGGCUUGCAGCGACUCAAUUUGAGCCAGUAUCAGCGCGCAAUGCGUUCCCCUGUUGGGACGAGCCAGCAUUGAAGGCUACUUUCAACAUUUCAAUGAAGCAUCUACCGAAUUGCACGGCCAUAUCGAAUAUGCCAAUUCGUGAGAAAUCAGAAGUCGAUGAGAGUGACGGUAAAAUUUGGUCGCAUUUCGAGACGACGCCGGUCAUGUCUACGUACCUCGUCGCGUUCGUUGUGGCCGAUUUCGGGAAUGUAUCUAGCGAUGAUGGGAAAAUACGCGCAUGGAGCAGAAGGCAGGUGGUCCCCUAUUUGAAGUUCGGUCUUGAAAUCGCGCAGAGAGCUGCCAAGGAAUUGGAGGAGUAUACCAACAGCACCGUCCGGGUGCCGAAGAUGGAUCACGUUGUCCAGCCUUCCCAUGCUUCGGGUGCCAUGGAAAAUUGGGGAAUUAUAACGUACCCAGAAUCCAGUUUCGUAUACAAAGAAGGCGAAACACCGGCGUCUCAUAAACUUAGCAUAAUCGAGACGAUAGUGCACGAGGUGGCACAUCAGUGGUUCGGCAAUGUGGUCAGUCCGACUUGGUGGACUCAUCUUUGGCUGAACGAAGGUUUCGCGUCGUUUUUCCAUCAUUACAUCAUGGACAAGCUAUUCCCAACUUGGAGAAUGAAGGAUUAUUUUGUCACGCACGUCGUUCAGGGAUCGCUGUCAACAGAUACCAAGUGGCACACUUUUUCCGUUGAUGCGGAGGUCUUAACACCUGACGAAGUGGAAAAUGCAUUCUCCCAAGCAGUUUAUAAUAAGGCUCCGGCCAUUCUAUAUAUGCUGACUAACAUAAUCACUCCGGAAGUUUAUCAGGCCGGGCUUAUAUCAUAUUUAAAUGAACAUGAAUACAGUUCUGCAAAUUCAGACUCGUUGUUCGAGGCGUUGCAAAAAGCGUUGGACGCGUCAACUGUGCCACACGAUGGCUAUAAAAUAAAAGAAGUAAUGGACACGUGGAUCAAACAGAGAAGAUACCCUUUAGUGUCAGUAAUCCGGGAUAAGGCGAGUGGAAAAAUAACACUGUCGCAAGCAGAUUUUGCCCAGAUCGACCAACACAUGCACAGUGACGACAACGAUGAGUACAAGGAUGAAAAUGUACAGCACCAGUGGUGGGUGCCGGUGACUUAUGCCACGGAGACCAAUCCGGAUUUCUCAAACACGGUACCUACUCACUGGUUGAAACCAAACGAGAAUUUGACUAUCGAUGGUAUCAAUCCGGAUGACUGGAUUGUGGUUAACAAAUUACAGGCUGGUUAUUACAGGGUGAUUUACGACAAUGACAAUUGGAAUAAGAUCGCGGCAUGCCUUAAUUCAGAAAACUUCACUAAUAUUCAUGUGCUGAGCCGUACGGCGAUUAUCAGCGAUGCCACAGAAUUGGUCGGUUACGACCUAAUGAAGCCAAUGACGUUCAUAAACAUAGCGUCAUAUUUAUCACAGGAAACAGAUUUCGUACCCUGGUAUCCCAUGUUCAGAUUUUUGAACCGCAUAUGGAGAAAGAUAAGCAUCCCAUCGGCUGCUCUCCUCAAGGUAACAUUACUGUUUUUAAACGCUAUAGAAAGUAUAUUCAAAGAUGUGGAUUACGAGGAACUCAAAGACGAUGGUAUUCUUACAAUUUUCAAAAGAUCUGAAGUAUUGAAAUGGGCUUGUAAUCUUGGUAACAUGGAGUGCAGGGAGAAGGCAACUGAGCAGUUCAUGGAAUAUUUAGAUAAUCCGGAUAAAAAGAUCUCGCCAAAUCUAAAAUCAUGGCUGUUCAGAAAUGCUUUGCGGUCAGCUAACGAGUCAGUUUGGAACAAAACGUUUGAAACUCUAAAAACUAACGACAUUCGACCGCAUAUCGGUUCGUAUUGGAGUCAGGCGUUCCAGAACUAUGUCCAAGGCAGAUGGGGUCGAAUCAUAUAUGCGCUGAGUAGAACGGAGAACCCGGAACUGUUUGCCAGAUACUUGCAAGAGGCUGUGUCGGAGAAUGGAACUCUACCGGAGGAAGUACAGAGCCUGAUGAUCAAUUAUAUACUUUUUGACAACGAAGGGUCUAGUCACAUCGACGUAUUGAUCGAUUAUGUUAUUGAACAUUGGGACGAAAUACACGCAGACAUUAAGAAACUAAAAGCAGUAGCCGAAGCCAAGAGCGAUGAUAAGGAGGCGACCACUAAAUUCUGGCAGAAACGAUUGAAAGAAAUUCAAGAUAAUGAAGAUGACGUAAAACGAUGGACAGACGCAAUUGAAGAGGGGCUGUGGCGAUCGUAA